GCGAUAACCGUCUGACCUGCACCGAAACUGACAGUCAGGCAUUAACAAUCAUGCGCUCCCGCAGCAGUUUCUGUCUGGGGCUUGACAGGGGAGCGGCCCGCGUCGCGUUUCCGUUUGUAACUUUACCUGGAGCCUCUAACCGGACGGCUAUGCUAAAGCUAACAAUUGACAGCCAGUGUUUUUAUCCUCUACAGGAAACAAGUCAGUGCUAUAACUACACCUGUGAAAGAUGAUAUUACCGCUGUACGUUGAGGAAUGUUGCCGAAACGUUGUAGUUUAGACUAGAGACGUCGUUCUCCGCGUUGACCCCGCGCGCUCUAUCUUUGUCAUCAUGUAACUUAACGUUAAAAAUAGCAUUGAGUUGUAGCUCUUAAACGGAUUUGGCGGGGGUUUCACUGCGAUCGGAGACGGCAGACAAAGGGGAUGAGAGGAGAGCAGGUGCUGCGCUCCUGGCUGCAGACUCAGUGACUUGCUUUUGGGCUCAGGAUGGCGCAGGGAGGGCCUCAGUUGGACUACCACAUACUGCAGGACCUCAAGCAGCGCUUUCCUGAGAUUCCUGAAAAGGUUGUGUCUCAGUGCCUUCUUCAGAACAACAACAACCUGGACCUCUGCUGCCGUCUGCUGGCUCAGGAGAGUAAUAGAUACCUUUAUGAGGAAUUCCACAGCUCGGAUGAGCUACACAUGAAUCGCAACCACAUGCUGCGCAUUAGCGUGGGUUAUCCUGCUCCAGAAGGAGCUAAAGGUAACGCCUCUGGGCGGGUUUUGGUGCACAGUUCAAGCGACAGUCACAUCGAGCAUCCUCGAAGCAUCUACCCUGAGCCUCUCUCGGCCCCCGCCAACAUGGCGCCUUCACCGGGAUUCAAUCCCAUUUUUAUGAACGACCAUGGACGCCCGAACAUCCCCACUCCUCCGCCAAGUAUCCAGGGCAUGUCGCCCACGUACAACCCAGUCCCACGUUACAUGACCCCAAUAACAGUAACCCUCUCCCAAAACAUUCCCUCUGCACCCCAAGCGCUGCAGAUUCCUCCCGGUGUCUAUUGUAACAGCAGUAACAAUGUGUACAUGCGGCCCUCGCCCUCUCAAAGUCCUCAGCCGUCUCCCUGGUCAACAUCAGGGACGCAGGUGUACCAGCAGUCACCUUACGCUACUCCGACGUUCCAAUCCCCAUACAGUUCUCCCCAACAUCAAGUCCAGCAAUCGCCCCAUGGGUUCUUACCCAUAAGUCCUCCUACCCUCACUGGCCUGUCCUACCAGCAGCCCCCGCCAGGGUCCCACAGGCCAUUCAUACCCUCCAAAGUCCCUAUGAAGAACCAGAUCGAGAUCACGCUGGAGGGACAACGACCACGUAGUAACUCCCCCGUACAUGCACCGCAGGGAUCGAUCUACAUGGCCAACAGCCCUUCCCCCAGUUCUCCAUCUAGGGGCAUUAGUAUGACCGGACUUCCAGGGACCUCCAUUCAUCAAGGAUUGUACAUCCACCAAGGUGUGGCGAGGCCCAGGCCCGCCUCCUCUCCUCAGUCUGCCACCUCAGCCAUCAUCAAGAUCAAAGUGUCUCCUGGACAAGCACAGCAUUCAUCAGGCUCUCCGACGGUUGAGACGGAAUCCCUCCUCAAUAUAGUGGACCAGGGUGAGCGUCACGGUGCCCCUCCGCCCAUCCUGCCCAUUUCUGCGCUGCCAGGGAGCAUCUGCAGCCAGAUCAAACACAUGCCUAGACGUUCCAGCUCGGGCUCGGAUGACUAUGCAUAUACACAAGCACUGCUCCUGCACCAGCGCGCACGGAUGGAGCGUCUCCUGAAAGAGCUCAUGCAGGAACGGCAGAAACUGGAGCAGCUCAAGGCGGAAGUCAAUGAAAAGGAAUUUGACGCCCUGCAGAGACGAUUUAGACGGGUGAACAGCACGAGCCACAUCCCGCGGCCUGAGGACAUGACUAGAAUUCGGUCCCAAAACAGACAGCUCCAGAUCGACAUUGACUGCUCAUUGAAGGAGAUUGAUUCGCUGCAGUCAAGAGGCAAGUUUGAUGUGAGAGCCAUGAACAACUUUUAUGAUAAUAUUCAGCCUGGCCCUGUUGUACCACCAAUAGUGCAGCCAGCGCCAUUGCAAAGAGACGAAGAUUUUGAGGGCGCUCAAUGGAACUGUGAAAGCUGUACUUUCCUCAACCACCCCGCCCUGCACCGCUGCGAACAGUGCGAAAUGCCACGCAACACCUGAGCUUGCCGGCCGCCUUUACUGCAACCCUUCCCGACGGGCCAUGGACCCCAUUCUUUCAGCUAAUCUUCUUUCAGCCCGGCUAUUAUCGAGCAAAACAUCUUUCCUCUGUACCCUCAGCUUUACCCAGCAGUAACUGAGCCGUACCCCACUUAAAAAGAAACGCUGAUCCUGUUUAAUUGUCAUCCAAUCAGAGCCCACCCUCUCUUGCCUCUUGAGGAGCUUCCUGCACUUGUAUUUUUCUACUGAAAGAAGAUGCUUCACAAGAGGACGGGAGGGUGUCUUGACUAUACAGAAUUGAGCAAAAGGGAUUGAAUGAUUGGCACUGGAGUGGACUGGGAAGGUGUGGAUUUAGGAAAAGGAGGAGCUUCCAGAUGUGAAGGAGGUGUGGUUUACCGAGCUACCAUUCCAAGCAGAAUAAGACUGCCGUGUUUACAGAAAAAAUGCCCAAACAAUCCCGUGCACAGGGCUUGUCUCCCACGGCGCAUCCAGUGUAUUGAGAUGAGCUGAGGUCUGAAUCAUUUUAAUGUAGACUUUACACUGUAUGUGCUCGCUGAGAGCUCUUCUCGUUGAAUGAAGAACACUAUAAGACCUGCAUAUGAACCUAUACCUGGUACUUUUAUGCAUAUUAUGCCACACUGUAUUCUGUGUUUAAGAUGUCCAUUUCCUGUGCAAAUGCGUCACGUUGCUGUACUUAAUAAAGGAUCGAAUUCUAUGUGA